AAUUUAAAAUAUGAAUCGAUGUAUCAAAUAUAAUAGACAUAUUCCCCGUGCAACGCGCGGGUAAAAAAGCUACAAAAAAAUCUAAUGCAAUAUAGUGACGUGUCGCUCUGAGAUUAAUUCUCACUUAAUUAUUUACACGUCAGCUUUUCCACCUAUUAAUUCUCAUUUAAUAAUUUACACAUCAACUUUUCCACCUUGGCCCUAUUUGCCACAUGUGCCAUGAUUUUUCUUUACCUUAUUUCUCCUUCGACAUCAACCUUCUACUCUCUGAGGCUCACUCCUUGUACCGUCGCCGUCUCCGUCGCCGUCUCCGUCUACCGCAACCGUCGCCGACAGGUCUAUCUCUCUCUCUCCCCUCCCCUAUGUCCGACCAUCUCAACCCCCCUCGCCGCGAGCCCAUCCAUUCACGGCCAUCUCAACCCUCGCCUCUCAUCCUCAUUCUGAAGAAAGAAGCGAUCAAAUUAGCUUUCUAAUUCACUUUUUUAUGUAGGCAUGGAUUUCUUCUCAGAGAUGGAGCCGGCUAGGGUGCAGAUGAAGAUAACUCCAUUAAAGCCAAGCCAACAUCCUCUAGAACUCAGGAAGUGUUCCCCUUGCAACCUCAAAGCUCAAACCCUUCCUCCUGAGCCUUAUGAUCGCGGAGCAACUAUUGACAUUCCUCUUGAUACCUCAAAGGACAUCAAGGCAAAGGAGAAAGAACUUCAAGCCAGAGAAGCUGAAUUGAAAAGAAGGGAACAGGAGCUAAAACGAAAGGAAGAUGCUAUAGCCCGAGCUGGAAUAGUUAUAGAGGAAAAGAAUUGGCCUCCUUUUUUCCCCAUCAUUCAUCAUGAAAUUUCAAAAGAAAUACCAUUGCAUCUUCAAAGGAUCCAGUAUGUUGCGUUUACAACAUGGUUAGGUUCCUUAUAUGAAUAUUCUCAGAUCAAAUAUUAAUCGGGGGGUUUCUUUCAGCUUCUGAGUUCAUGACACAUGCUGAAUAAUAAGGAUUAGAUUAAGAGAAGAAGGUGGAUGAUGGCAACAAAACAAUAGACCAAGGCUGUAACUGAAGAAUAAACAGGAAGGGAAUGAUGCUGCUACUGUUGCAAAGGAGAAACACUCAACAAAGGAAAAAAAUCAUAAAAGGAAAAAGGGUUUUUCCAUGGGAGAUGUAUGAUGGAGACCAUAGUAAUAGAAGAUUUAAGGAAGAUUUUGGUUUCAUCUAUUAUAAGGCAGUGUUACAAGUAAGGUAUAUACUCUCUUUUUACAAUCUUGAUGUUGUGUUCCUGAGGAGUGAGGAAGAAUACCGCUGAUAUGUAUCAACCUGAAUAGAAGUAACUGCACAACACUUAAAAACUAAUAUUAUAAGAAGUUUUAGGUGUAGAAGCUUAGAUAAAGUGAUUUGCUGAUUCUAAUGGAUUUGAUUAGAACUCUAGAUUGUGUUUAUGGUAAAAAAAGAAAAGACAGAGUAUUUUUGAAUCUUUACAUUCCCACUACUUUCUUUCCACCCCAUGUGACAGUUACAACAUUUUACUUCCAAUUUCCAAACAGCUGCACCGGUUAAAAUGCACCCCUUCAUAUUCUAGCUGCUUAUUUCCAAGAAAUUUUGUUUAAACAGUCCCAUUAUAAAAAUUCAAAUUAACAAAAAUCCUUUUGUUUUUGCUUCUUCUAUCUGCACAGCUCCUCUUUACAUGGCUGUUUUUGCAUACUUAAGAAAUUGCCCUUUCUAGCUGCAUAUUGCAGCUUAUCUUUUGCAGCCUAUAUUGAGCAAUAAUAUAAAUGAAAUUAUAUACAGCUAAAAAGUAGAAAGUUGAAUGUCUUGCAAGAAUGUAUAGUUGAUAAGUACUCUAGGUUGGAGAAGCAAAUGCAAGGAUGAUUAGCUUCUGUUGGGGUAAUGAUUUUAGUGUAUAUUGUAUAACUUUGUGGGUAAAAAUUCCAAGUUGCUCUCUUACAUGGUAUCUAUAAAAUUUCUUCUUUGAUUACAUGUGACCUGUCCAGAUAUUAUAAU